AUGCACGCGUCCAAGAUCCUCGCCUCGGUUGGCCUCGUGGCUUCUGCCUCUGCCUCGGUCGUCCGCUACGCCAAUGUCAACCAACAGCGCGACGUUGUCAUCGAGAAGAGAGCCGACCAGACAGCCGCCUGGGUUUCCGUCGACGAUGAGGCUCAACCUGCCACCACUUACACGCCUUCUAUGACCGUGGUCGACGGCGUCACUUCCAUCGUUGACGGUGCUCCCCAUGACCUGACCGCCACCGUCUACACCUCGACUUACUACGGCGAGAUCUAUACCAGCACCGGCGAGCCUCCCAAUCCUACCGCCACUGGCAAGCACGGCGAGGGUGUCUUCACCCGCUGCCACAACAAGGACGGCAGCAAUGCUCCCUUCUGCUCUCCCUACGAGAACAGCACCCUGACCACUGGCAAGACCUACUUCAUCACCUGGGACCCCGACUAUUUCGAGGACAAGAACGCCGACAACACCACCGCUGCCAUGAUGGUCUUUGCCCGCCUCGACAUCUACAACACCACCAGCGAAGAGUACCAGAAGGAGGGCGACGACUUUGACCAGGUCCCUGCCGCCUUUGGUUUCUGGCCCUUCAACGUCAAGGACUCGUACCGCAAGUUCGGCGGCGACCACAACAUCUCCAUCACCCUCUACAGCCAGCGCAACCACACUGCCGAGAAGAAGAAGGCCUCGACCAUUUACCUCAACGUCGCCAGCCCUCAGCUUCCUGCCCACAAGGAACCCAAGGUUCCCCACGGCCAGACUCUCGUCAUCGCCCUACCCGUCGUCCUGGGUUCCAUUUUCCUCCUGCUGAUCGGCGUGUGCCUCUGGAACCGCAAGACCCGCCGCAUCGGACUUGGCAACAUCAUGAGCCGCGGCCGCCACGGAUACACUGGCCGUGCUGAGCGCCGCCUGUUUGGCCGCAAGGACAACGGCAUCCAGCUCGACACCCGCGACAUGCCACCCCCUGGCGAGUACCGUGAUGCUCCUGAGAACCGCCGCCGUGACAGCGACGGCCUCGGCAGCCUGGCUGGAAGCCCUGUCGAUCCUUCGUUCGCCCAGCAGGGUACCACUGGUGGCCACAAUGCCUUCCGUGAUGAGAUGAGGAGACAGGACCAGGAGAGGCGCCACUAA